AACUGGAGACUCAUAAAGUCUGGUCCUAUACCAAAUUCUUAAAUAUACAUCAUGACGUUAUAAUCAAUUCAACAUCAGCUUCUGAUGAAUAUACAGGCUUGAAUGGUACUUGGGCACAGCAUUUUUCACUUGAAGCAAAAAUGUGUUCAGGAAAUAAUGAUGAUAUGGAUAAAAGGGACUAUUGGGAAAAUGUCAUCUUUGAAAAGACACAAGUAUCAGUAAAGCAUAAACACCUUACAGGAAGCUUGGAUUUACUUUAUGCAUCAGAGGAGUGUAACAUCCAACAUAUGCUCUCAAAAGGAUUAUCUGUUGAUGAUGUAUUAUACAAGCCAAGAUCAAAACAACCCACACUCAAAAAUACUGAUAACACAUCACUCAAGAAUUCUUUUACCGAUGACGAUUUUAGGACCCCUAUUGGUUCUGAGAUUGGUCAUGAUAGUAAUGAUUCCAAUGAGAAUGAUGAUUCCGAUAAAAGUGAUGAGGAGUGUGUGUUAAGGCUAAAUGUAGAAGAAAUUGGAUUUGACAAAUACAUUGAUCAGGGUGAUAAACAUUCCAAAGCAUCAACUCUUGCACAAAAUUCUGGUUUGCUAGUAACAAAAAAUUAUCACAAAAUAUUAAAAACAUUCUCUAGAGAAACACUCAAAGAUUUGAGAAAGAACAUUAAAUCAAAUUUUAUUGGAAAGGAAAAAGUGAUGAGAGACAUAAAAUUAAUCCUACAAGAGUAUAUUGAGGAAAAAAUUAGUGAAGGAACUCUGGUGGUGAAUUUAAUAAGUCCUGUGUUGCACAUUGUUUUUCAUGAUGCUUGUAUAUAUCCAACAAUUUGGCCAAACACAUCCAGUACCAGUGCAAAGGUCCGAAAGCUUGCUACUGGUGAUCCUUCUCAGGCUAAACAACCCAAUAUGAUUGGGAAUAUUGUCAAUAAUGGAAUGUUUGCUUAUGAAGUGAUGUUUGGGGAAGUAACAGGUGAGGGUAAGAACAACACGGAAAAGAAAAACCUAAUUGAUCUGAUUAGGUUGGGAUUAUACAUGAAGUUGAAAUUAAAACCCUAA